CUAUAACUACUUUUAUAUGCUCUUGUUCACUUCUUUUUUUAACCUUCUGUUGCAGCUCCAUUAAACCCAUUUGCCCUUCUCCAAAACCCACCACCUGUUUGAUACCAAACCAACCCAAAGGCUCUUUUAAGAACCACAUCUUUCUUUCCUGCUCUAUUGCUCUCUCUAUCUCUCUCUUUCUGUGUCUGUCUGUCCAAUGAUGGCGUCCCAACGUCCAUCAGAUAAUUUCAACCAAGGGGGCAGACUCACUGCUCUCUCCAUCAAGCAAAAACAUUUUUUAAGUGAAGUGAGGAAACGGAGUGAUGGAGCAUCCGGAGAGGCUUCUCCACCGAUUAAAAGGGGAUGUGUAGUUGGUCCACGAGGCAAGCCUAGGGGAAGAUGUGGUGGGCGAAGGCAGGGCUCAACCACUGGAACUCCUUCCAGUGCAGAGGAAUCCUCUCCGGAGCUCCAAACUCAAGAAGAAUUUGACCGAAACAUGGAGAAACUUUCGGAAAUUCUGAAGUCUUGCCCAGUUGCAAUGCCAACAGAGUCCCCACAAACCUUUUCAUCUUGGCCCUCACGUCACCUGACAGCACAAGAGCAUUGGGAAGAAGCUCGGCCAUUUCACCUGAAAUGUCUUCUGGACUCAGAGGAUGUUGGCCAGGAACUGUGCUACAUCUGCCAGAAGACUGCUGUCAUACGGUGCAGAGAUUGUCUUCCUGAGGAGUGGCUGUGUGAGGCAUGUGAUGUCCACAUUCAUAAAAGAUGGCCACUCCACAACAGAGACAGUGUGGUAGAUGGAUUCUUCAGAGCCAUUCCUCCAUCCACCUAUCUAGCUAUUGGUGAAGCUGGGCACUACACCACCCAAGAGCAAGCUUGCAUUUUACCCACAGUGCGUGCUCCUAAAUUGUGUUCCUGUGAGGUCGCCAACGUCACUGUGUUGGCUGGAAGAGCAGUAAUCCUCAUUACCAUGAAUGGACGUUAUGACUUGCACAAACCUGUGUAUUUGUGCAAUAUCUGUAUGCAAAAGUGGACCCCAGAAGUCAGGGACCUGAUCAAAAGUGGUUAUUGGCCAGCUACAACACUUUCACAGACCCUAUACUCUGUUGACCUCCUAAGCUCAUUCCAGGAGCUGAAGGGGAUCUCUCCAGGCUUGUCCAGGCAGGCCUUCACAAAAUUGCUUGAACAUCGCACACAGCGUGCUGGAAGAUCUGGUCAAAUCAACGGGGAUGCACUGCAGCGGAGCUUUCUGGAGUUUAUGUACUGUUCCUUUCAGAAAGAGCAGCUCUGCUGUGUGACCCCAUUCACCUGUCCAGCCUGCACACCACAAACAGUUGCCGUGUCAGUGGAUGGUAACCGUAAGCUUUACCGCUUUCAGCGAUCAGGAAGCUCUGAUGAAGCUGCAUUUUUUGAUGGGCUGUUCCUUGCAAAGGACAGAGAGGUGGCAUGUUUUGUUGACCUCAUCCACAGUGCUGUAAAAAGUACUCAAGGGAGGGGCACAUGUGGUACCUCACAGUGGACAGCCGCAAGGGAGACUUCCAGGAGGGCCAACAAGCUGGAUGAGGAAGGUGUUGAGGUGGCUGUGUGUCGCCACGGAUAUUUGCUGAAAGGCCUCAGCAUGUACAGGGGGGAGAUAUUUGCAUACCCACUGUAUCUACAGAAAGAGCUACAUGCCACCGAAAAUAUCAGGUUCUUUGCAAUGGACGUUGCUUGCAAAUACUGGCCCUACCUAGAAAAGGUGGCUGGUGUUGUGUCAUCUCUCCAGGGGCUCCUUGAUAUGAAGCCCUUCCUCAGCAUCAUGCAUGCGAGAGCCCAUGCCACAAAGUGUGAGAUCAAAUGGAGUGGAAGGAACCAGAGCGGAGCAGGCACAACCGCCGGUGAAGAAGUUGAGCAAGUCAACAGUUUCCUCUCCCGUUGUGCCCUGACAACCAAGUACAUGUCCAAAUCAGCACGUGUGGACAUGCUGACGGUCCAUGCUAUGGUGUGGAACAGGUACAAGGGUGAAACUCUUCACCAGGCCCUCUCCACAAGAUAUGUGAAGACUUGUCAAAGGGCUGUGGUUGAGGCAGCAAAACUGUCCGAGCUCAAGGUGGAGCUACAUUGCUCCGACCAGUUGGCACUGGAGUGGGUUGCUGAUGUUCAGGAUUGGGCAGUAAGCGGUAAGGAUGGCACCCCUCCCAGCAAACCAGUACCACAAACCCUGACCUUCAGACUCUGCAGCAGUCCAUUGAAGGGCUUCAAAUGA